UAAAGAUUAGGCAAGCUGCACCGCUUUCAAUAGAAACGCUCUGACAAAAUUUAGUAAUCCUCUUCUGGCCUAUCAGUGACUUCAUAACAAAGUCACCACAGUAACAAGUAAACAUAGUAAACAAGGUCCAAUGAACAUGGACUAACUUGACCAAACCACUCCUCUUUCUGGAAUGAAGCUAUACCAGGAAACCACUCCCUUUUAUAUCUUGGCUGUCAGUUUAAUAUUCAGAGUUUCUAUCUUAUUCACUAUCAGUGAGAGGUGAAAUGGCGCAGCAAGGACUUGAGCUUGACCGGGAAAAAUUCUGCUGUUCCCUCUGUUUGGAUCUACUGGAGGACCCAGUGACUAUUCCCUGUGGACACAGCUACUGCAGAAAAUGUAUUACCAGCCACUGGCGCACAGAGGAAGAGGAGGAUGUCUACAGCUGUCCUCAGUGCAGACAGACCUUCCAAACAAGACCUGCCCUGGUGAAAAACACCAUGUUGGCAGAUUUAGUGAAGGAACUGAAGAAGACAAGACCCUCCACUGAACCAAUUGAUCAUGCUGGAGCUGGAGAUGUGGCGUGUGAUUUGUGCCCUGGGAGAAAACGGAAAGCCAGAAAGUCCUGUCUGCAGUGUCUGGUCUCUUACUGUGAGCAGCACCUCGAACCUCACUAUAAAGUGGUUCCAUUAAAAAAACACAAGCUAAUUGAAGCUUCUGCAAAUCUCCAGGAGAAUACCUGCUCUCGUCACAGUGAGGUGAUGAAGAUUUUCUGCCGCACUGAUCAGCAGUGUAUCUGUUAUCUCUGCGCCAUCAGUGAGCAUAAAGGCCACGACACCGUCUCUGCUGCAGCAGAAAUGACAAAGAAGCAGAGAGAGCUCGGCCCGAGUCGGCAAGAAAUCCAAAGAAGAAUCCAGGCCCAAGAGAAUCAUGUGAAGAUGCUUCAGCAGGAGGUGGAGUAUAUAAAUCGCUCUGCAGAUAAAGCAGUGAUAAAAAAUGAAAAUUUGUCCACUGAGCUGGUCAAUCUCAUCAUGAGAGAAAGCUCUGCUGUCAAGAGUAAGAUCAGAUCCCAGCAGGAUAUUGAAGUGAGUCGGGCCAAAGAGCUUCAGGCGAAGCUGAAGCAGGAGCUUGUUGAGCUGAAGAGGAAAGACACUGAGCUGGGAAAGCUCACACACACACAGGAUCAAAUCCACUUUCUGCACAGGUACAUCUCGUUGUCACCUCUCAAUAAACUUCCUGUCUUACCUACCUUUAAUCCUCAACCUCUGCAGUAUUUUGAUAAUGUGACAACAGCUGUGUCAGAGACCAGAGAUAAACUGCUGAGAAACUACAUUGGGGAAUGGAGGAGGAUCUCACUGACAGUAACGGAAGUGGAUGUUUUACUGCCGCAAAACCCAAAGACCAAAGCUGAAUUUUCACAAUAUGCAGUUCACAAGAAUCAGCUCAUGCUGAAUCCAAACACGGCAAACACACAACUGACAUUAUCAGAAGAUAAGAGAAAAGCAAUCUCAGUGAAAACUGCACAGUCAUAUGGUCAACACCCAGAAAGAUUCAUGCACAAGUCUCAGGUUCUAAGUAGACAACAUCUAACCGGACGUUGUUACUGGGAAGUACACUGGACUGGACUGGGAGUUUCAAUAGCAGUCGCAUACAAGGAUAUUGCCAGAACAGGAACAGAAAGUGUGUUUGGAAACGAUGGCAAGUCUUGGGUAUUAGAGUGUUCCUCCAAUGGCAACUACACUUUCAAACAUAAAGGCAACAAAGUCAACUUUGCAGGCCGUCAGUCCUCCACAAUAGGAGUGUUCAUGGAUCACAAGGCAGGUAUUCUGUCUUUCUAUGAAGUAUCUAAAACUAUCACUCUCCUCCACAAAGUCCAGACCACAUUCACUCAACCACUCCAUGUUGGACUCGGUGUUUGUUAUUUUGGAUCCACUGCAGAGUUUUGUGAAGUCAAGUAAAUGAAUUACAGUUGAUUUCACCAGCAAACAUCAGUUGUUUAGAACAGCAAAUAGAAAUGAAGAUUUCACAAAUGAGAUUACGUUUGAUUCACUGUUACGCAUUUAGUGAUGAAAGCUGAAUCGACAAAUAUCAUAUGAACAUGUAACCCUCUCUGUGGUCUAUAUAUAACAUUUCCUCCUCUGUCUGUUCCAAUUCUCCUGCCUGAGUUAAGUAAGUGAGUUAAGUUUCAUUUUUAAUCACAGCUGAAUAAUGUGUCUUCUACCAGUUGUUCUGUUAGUGAGUUAUGUUUUAAUCAUUAUUUUUGAUUCAUCAGUAGGACAAUGGCUGAUUUUCCAUACGUGUGUAACAUGCUGUUUGUGUGUAUAAAGUGAAUGUAAAUGGAAUGACCAAAACCGAUUCUUCAGUAGUUCUCCUGUUCAUUGUAUAUUUGCAUUAAUGUUGUAAUAUUUUGGAAUUAUCUACCACUGUAUGACCCUCAAUAUAGAAUAUAGCGUACAAAUAUGUGAUAUGUUUGUUUUAUUCCUGUCAUUUUAUAAAUGUGUUUGACUGCAGUAAAAAUGUAAUCGAUAUUUUCAAUAAUCAGGUAGUAACAGGCUGACUGAAUGAAAUAGCGCAUCUGUUGACAAAACGAUUGCUGUACUGAUUGGAUGUGUG